CACGAAGCAGACAGUAAUAACCUCGAAAUGUUUGUAGUGUUGAUCACAUCAUUUAUGAGGCUAGAAGUUCGCGCGCGGGGCCUGCGAGUUUGUAUCGACUAAGGGCCGCGGAUGGCACAUUACGGGUGUCGGUGUUUCGCGUCCUCAAACAGGCCAUGAGCCCUGGAAAACGUAACAGUGUGAAUGAGUGUGAUUUUAAGUUUAUGAUAAAUGUCCUGCGUUGUACACGGUGUCUGUGUGUGAGUUGUCAAAUCAACUGCGGAACAUAUAACGGCCGUGUUGCCUCUGCGUGCGUGGUGGACUCUGUGAAACGUAACAGAACCUGAGACAAAAUGCCAAGAUAUAAGCAUCGUGGUGUCAGAAGAUAUCUAACAAAGGCUCCCAAGUGUAAGCGCCAUUAUGGUAAGAACAAGGUCAUCAGACAUGUACAAGGUGCCUCAUGUGCUGUCAGAGACAUGGCAGUUGCUGACAUUGCCUCUGGUGAGAAUACUAUAGAAGGGACUCAUGAGCAAGGGAGUCAAGGGCUUUUCGGACAGUCAGAUCGCCUGACAGGUGGCGUCCCUGCGUAUGAACCUUUCUCUGGGUUUGAGAGCAAAGUCUCUCUUCCGGGGAGAAAAUGCCGUCCCAUCAUUGUUUUGUCUCUGUAUGAUGGCAUAUCUUCUGGCCUUGUUGCCCUGAACAAACUUGGAAUACCGGUCUUGCGUUACUUUUCAAGUGAAAUAUGUCCAAAUGCGCUGAGGGUCCAGAGCCUUCGCCAUCCUAAUGUGAUACGCCUAGGAGAUGUGAGACAGGUUACACCAGAAGUCCUUGACCGUCUUGGUAACAUUGAUUUGCUCCUGGCAGCUUCCCCCUGUGCCGACCUCUCGAGGGUCAAUCCAAGACGCGCUGGUCUGAGGGGUGGCACCGGGGUGCUAUAUUUUGAAUUUAUCAGGAUUCUUAAAUAUUUGCAAAAUAAAUAUAAAAAACAAAAUCACACAGUGCGCUGGCUUUUCGAAAACACCUGCCAUCUAGACUCCAGCACGCUCCAACAACUGACAAGUGAUAUGGGUGUGCCAUCUAAGCGCUGCUCUUCAGCCUUCCUGCCAGUUACAAGAAAGCGUUUCUUUUGGGGAAAUAUUUCCGGCUUAGAACAUGAAACGGUAGUGCAGAAAACACGGCUGACACUACAAGACUGCAUUGACGCUAACAAGACAGCAAUCAUUUCACGGGCCCGUACUCUCACUUCAAACAGAUCUGGAAAUUUUGCUGUGGAAUAUUCUGGCGAGCGGGAAGUUUUAAGUCCAACUGAUUAUGAACGGCUUCAAGGUUUAGACCCACAUUACACAGACGCUAAUUUAAGCAUCACAGCGAGGAUCUCACUACUAGCAAAAGGGUGGUGCAUACCGAUAAUAACCGAUAUUCUGUCAAGCCUCAUCCCUAUCUUUUCUGACAGCUAAGUGUGAAUACGUUUACAUUGUAUGAUAGUGCUGUAUGGAACUGACUAACACAAAUUUAGCGAUUAUCAUUAGCUGCUCUGUAUGUAUACAAACAAAACUCAUUGAUAAUAAUUAAACUGACGAAACCAAAUUAAGCCUGUAUCAUUAGCUUUUCUGUAUCUAUACAAAAAAAACAACAACACAUCGGUAAUAAUUACAUAGUAAACCUGCUUCAUCCAACUAUUCAAUGAAUUAACCACAACAUUGCAGGAGGUCAUCGUCCAUCAGGACGCCUACAACAGUCUCCUCUUUUCGGCCAGCACAGAUUCUAGGGUGAAAAUGUUCCUCCGCAGUUCACACAUUUCCUGAUCAUGCCCGGCCUGCCGCCCAGCACCCUGCUCGCCGUCCCCGUCGCUGCUGCAGGUAGGGCAACGGCCCUCGGCCCCGUCGCCGUCCGUGACCCCGUGCAUGACGACCGCGGCCGUGGACCACCGAUCCUCGCUCAGACCGCCACCAUCACCUUCGUCACCGUCGUCAUCAUCCCCGCCCGCCUGCGGCCCGUCCCCCUCUGUGGCCGUCCACUGCUCGACGUCCACGUCGUCGCUUCUGCAGCUCGAGAUCCCACGGCCU